UAUGUCUCUCCAGUAUCACGGGGUAUCGUGGUCGUGAAGCUUGAAGCUAACGGUUUUCGCGCGUUGAAGCGCAUCUUUUCCACUCUACAAAGAUACGAACGAUUGACUCUCCCGCGGUUGAAAUUCUAUUCCCGCCUGACCGAGCGUCAGGUGCAUCACGGCCUCGCGGCUAUGAUCCAGCACCACCUUGUCUACCACUACACCUCCCUCGAUGACGGCAUUACCUACUACGAAGCGAACCCACAGUCCGCAUACUAUCUCGUACGAUCGGGCAAAAUCAUCCACCUAGUUCAAGACCGACUGGGGAAGUAUGCGGCCAAAGUUAUGGCCACCAUUUUGUUCCUUGGGCAUGCCCCGAUCAGCUAUUUGGAGACACUGCCGGAACUUCGAUCUUCCAAGCCCGUGACAAACGGGGUAAACCAUGAGGAGGAGGCAGCCGACGAACGGAACGGUGAUCACCAUGAAAGGCCAUCACUCCUACACCCUACUCUUACAGCUCUUGCAUCCCACGGCUACAUCAUGCGGGUUCGGGAUGCACAUCUCCAGAGCCCUGCGGAUAACUGGCUCGACGCUGAGCGAACCGUCUCCUCUAGACCGGAUAUCAAAUCAUUGAAAGGCAAGAAACAGCAGGAGGCGAUAGCUCACGAGACCGCGGAGUUGGUCGCGGAACGAACAGAUGGAGACCUCACUCGCGGAUUGAUAUUCAAUGGGCUCCCUCGAGGCAUCAAGCGCAAGUCAGGCCACGGUUCUGGCAUACCAAACAAGCACUCUCGGAUGGACCAUGGGAUGGUUAAUGGCGAUGGCUCUGGAGAAGAAGGGAACGAGAAAGAAGACGACGAAGAAGAAGAGAACGACUGGUCAGAGGAUGAAGAUGGAUAUGAUACUGCUCCCAUGGAUCCUGGAAUAGUUGUCCGGGUCAACUACCCCAAAUUAGAUGUGGCACUUCGCAAUGCUCGGUUUAUCGAGCUCGCCGCGAACGAUGCGUCUGCCAUGACGGCCGAGGUAUAUGGUUGUCUUCUCCGCCGUAUCGAAUAUCAGACAUCCCGCUGCCGGGACUCGGCUGAGAUUCCGCGUGAGGGAGAAGAAGGAGAGCAAUACUCGGCUCCGAUCAAGCUGAGUGCAAUAGUGGAAGAUGUUGAUCCACAACUGGACCUAGCAGGAUCUAUCGGACCAAUGAAUCCCUCACAAACAACGAACCGACUCGGGAAACGGCCAUUGACAAAUGGCGUCAACGGUGACGAUCAUGACAAUGAUGAUCAGGAUCCUAUUGACCGCACCGACGAGAUUGACCAACACCUUCGUCUCCUGGCCCAACCACCGUACAACCUGACUUCACUGGCCCAAAUUGGCGGUCUAUCUACCUGGAGGAUUGAGUUCCGGCAUCUUGCACGCAAACUGCGGCAUCGAGAACUGGAAACUCUCACCGAGUCGCGCUUCGGUGAUGUCGCGUUGCGGGUGGUGCGCGUGCUGCAUGCUAAGGGGAAGCUGGACGAGAAACGGCUACAGGAGAUUACUAUGCUCCCGUUCAAGGAUCUGCGACAGACCCUCGCCAGCAUGCAGUCAGGUGGGUUCGUUGAUCUCCAGGAAGUGCCGCGCGAUGCACAGCGGCAGCCUUCCAAGACCAUCUACCUCUGGUAUUACGACCCGGAUCGGAUCUGCGGCAGCAUCUUGGAGGAUACGUACAAGGCCAUGUCUCGUACUCUGCAGCGGCUGAAUUUCGAACGUGAGCGCGAGAAGGAUUUUUUGGAGAAGACGGAACGUUCUGAUGUCAAGGGGAAUGAGGAGCGGUAUCUGUCAGAUGCUGAGUUGGAGUACCUGCAGCGCUGGCGGGCUCGUGAAGCCAAAUACCUGGGGGCGUUGGCCCGGUUGGACGAUAUGGUCGCCGUGUUCCGCGAUUACUGA